CUGCCUGUCUUCACACUAGGUUGAACCAACACUGCUCACUGACACGUACACACAGGUUGCUUACACAAUUUGUAGUGACAGGCAGUGUCACUUUGCAUUCAUUGUCUCUGGGUUGGAAAACUCCAGGAACCUAAGACAUCUUUAAUACACAUUCUUCUCUCUAGGACUGUUGAAUUUAAUGAAGCAAGCAAUUGUUAGUUAAUCACAAUCCCUGUCAGUGUUAUUAGUGUGGAGCAUUCAUAGCUGCUGUGUUGGAUCUUUCUCUUAUCAACAUGAUAAGCAUCGCUCUGAUCUGGGCAAUAGUGGUGGGAUUCUGCUGCCUUCUAUGGCUCGCUGUAGGGAUACGACACAGGCAACCUGGUGAGCCUGCAAUUGAGAAUGGCUUCAUCCCCUACCUGGGUUGUGCUCUGCAGUUUGGGGCCAACCCUCUGCAGUUCCUCCGCAGCCGCCAAAAGAAAUACGGCCAUAUUUUCACUUGCAAGAUCGCAGGCCAGUACAUCCACUUCCUGUGUGACCCCUUCUCUUACCAUUCAGUCAUCAGACAGGGGAGACACCUGGAUUGGAGGAAGUUCCACUUUGCUACCUCUGUCAAGGCAUUUGGCCACGACAGCUUCGACCCUCGCCAUGGCCACACCACAGAGAACCUCCACCAAACCUUUCUGAAGACCCUACAGGGUGAGGCUCUGCCCUCCCUAAUAGAGACUAUGAUGGGCCACCUUCAGGACGUCAUGCUGAGGUCAGAUACACUUAGCCCCAGCAAGGACCACUGGGAGGUGGAUGGUAUCUUUGCCUUCUGCUACAAGGUGAUGUUUGAGUCUGGCUACCUGACUCUGUUUGGUAAAGAGCUUGGUGAAGAUAAGUGUCAGGCUCGGCAGGCGGCUCAGAAAGCCUUGGUGCUCAAUGCCUUGGAGAACUUCAAAGAAUUUGACAAAAUCUUCCCGGCACUGGUGGCUGGCCUGCCCAUUCAUGUCUUCAAGAGUGCCUACAGUGCCAGAGAGAACCUAGCAAAGACCAUGCACGCAGAAAACUUGUCCAAGAGGGAGAACGUGUCUGAUCUGAUCUCUAUGAGGAUGAUCCUGAAUGAUUCCUUAUCUACCUUCAAUGACGUAAGCAAAGCCAGGACCCACGUCGCUCUGCUCUGGGCUUCACAGGCUAACACCCUACCUGCUACCUUCUGGAGUCUCUUUUAUAUGAUCAGGAGUCCAGAUGCUAUGAAAGCAGCUCGUAAGGAAGUGCAGAAAGUUCUGGAGAAUUCAGGUCUGACAGUUGACCCAAGCGACCCCACACUGAACCUCACCAGGGAGCAGCUGGACCACACGCCUGUUCUGGACAGCAUCAUAAAAGAAGCCAUGCGUCUUUCCAGUGCUUCAAUGAAUGUGCGUGUUGCCAAGGAGGACUUCCUGCUUCACCUUGACAACCAAGAAGCUUACCAUAUAAGGAAAGAUGAUGUCAUUGCCUUAUAUCCGCCCAUGCUGCACUACGAUCCAGAAAUCUAUGAGGAUCCCUAUGAGUACAAGUUUGACCGUUUCCUGGAUGAGAAGGGUCAGGAGAAAACCACUUUUUAUCGCAGCACCCGGCGGCUACGUUACUUCUACAUGCCCUUCGGCUCUGGGGUCACCAAAUGCCCUGGCAGAUUUUUUGCUGUGUAUGAGAUCAAGCAGUUCCUGACUUUGGUGCUGUCCUACUUUGACAUGGAACUAUUGGACCCUGCUAUCAAAGUCCCGCCUCUUGACCAGUCCCGUGCUGGUCUGGGAAUCCUCCAGCCUACCUAUGAUGUGGACUUUAGGUACAAGCUGAAAUCGAACAACUAGGCUCUGUCUUUGUCAGGCAGGGAUUAAAGUACAUAUUGUACAUAGUGUAUAUUUAACAGUGUUAAUGAAGAUGCCUUGCUAUAUAUGUAAAUAGACUGAAUUAUAUAUUAUUGUUGCUUUAAUUCGCUGCUGAAGAACAUGUAUUCUGCACAUAUGGGUGGAGCCAUCACAAACUGUUCACCUUCAGUGUAUCUAGUAGUGUUGUAACACUUCCUGUCUCUGUUGGACCAGAGGCCUGUACUACAAAGCAGGAUUUGGGGUUAGCAAGGUAACUUCAGGUUUAACCAUGGGUUUUCAGGGUUACGAUGGUGAUUCACUUCUUACCGGGGUACAUCGCCAUGGUUACUUAUACUGUACAUCUAUUUAUGUUCGAAAUAACAGAUCAACAUGUAUACAAGCACUGUCUACUGAAAAGUGGCAACACAUUAAUUUAAUGGAAUACACAAAUAUAAAGUCAGAUCUACUCGUACCGUAAUGAUGGGCCAGUUAUAGUAUAAGCCUAUUAACAUACGAGCAUGCCAGCUGUCCUUCCUGCAUUUGGCAGCUGCAGCUGUGUUUCUUUUAGCCUGGAUUAUGUGUUUAACCUUUUCGUAUUUGUGUAAUAUUAUAGUUUGCUCUUCGUUUGUAAAAUAGGCCACUCUGCUGCCAGUAGACUUGUCCUUGUUUGCGAUUGGUCAUAUGCUGCAAACACUGUCCCUUUUAUGUGAACGCGCUCAUGGCUAGAUUGGGAAAACCUGGGUUGACUUACUUGGUUGAUAACCACCGUUGUGUGACUGCUUAGCGUGAUUGUGGUUGUUAGGGUUAGGGAAGCCAGAUAACAAAGAUAUCCUGGGUAUGCUGAACUUGCUUCGUAGUACAGACCUCAGGGCUGGGAGACAGCCGUCAUCUCAGAGUAAAAGUGCUAGGUAGCAUCUUCACUUCCUGUGGAAAAACAAACCUAGGCCAUAUACAUUUUUAUUACUUGUCAUAAAAGUGUUUUUGCAUGUUUGGCCCAUGUAAUGUUUACAUUACUGACAACUUUUUUUUCAAAGCAAGUGGAAGAGUUUUUCUAUCUUUGCCGAGAGAUGACAGGACACACACAGGACACAGAGUCUCAAGUUGAUCUUCAAUCAGCCGGGAUUUAAUAUCAAUAUAAAUUUACUGUAUCAUGGUAAUCCAGUAUAGACUCCUUAAAUAAAUCUGCAAAUACGGUUACUUGAGUAGCCUACUAUGCAAAGACAAGAGAACUUUUUAAAUAAUAAAAAGUCUUCACUGUGAUUGAUUCAGACAAUCACAGUGAAGACUGUUUCAUUCCAUAGCCUACCCCCCACCCCAACCCUUACAUAAAAAGCAAAAAGAAGAUCUAUAAUUUUCUCUACUUAAUAUUUUUUGGAUUUUUUUUAUUUUUAUUAAUUCAGUUUCCUGUAUUAUAUUAAAAAUAUGGGGAUUUUAAAUACAAUGUACACGACCUCAGUGUCCUCAGUGGUAGCUACGGCCCUGAUUAUGUAUGUUUCAAGUCUUUGAAAGAUGAUUUUUAUUUCAAAAUGAAAUUAAUAGUACCAAAUGGUCUAAAGCCUAGCAGAUAGGAUAUCAAUCUAAAAAUGGAAUGUUCAAGGAAUAAGUCAUCAAAAAUGUAUAGGUAUACAUGACUUGUAGUAAAUGGGCUAAACAUGCAAAAACACUGGUAUGCUCCUUUAAGCUCUAGAGCUUCUGGAAGUUCACAUUUCUGCACUUUUGAAAUAUUACCACUUUUAUUGAUGUGUGUAAAGUGUUAGCAUUGACCAUCCAGCCAACAUUCUGCAGUGAAACGUGUUUUUUUUUUUUCUAUCUGUGUGCUGCCCUCUCCUGGAACGCAGUGUCUCCACUUAGUGGUGGCUAGGUUUUAAACCUACUGGUAAUUUUGAGUUUUGACACUUUGAGGUUGCUGUAGCUGGUCAGUGUUGAAGCUUCCAUGGUAGAAGCAGGGUAGCAGAUUGAGUAAGCAAUGUUAAGUCAGCAGUGUUUGUUUCCACGGAGCAUAUGAAAUAUAUGCCUGUAAGUAUGAGCACACAUGUCGUUUUAUGUUAAGCCUGUUAAGUAAAAUGGAUCGUUUAAGAUAAUAUUAUCGCGAUCAUGAUGCUAAUUUCCAUCAGCACGUUAAUGGUAAUUCCCAUUAUGUGUAGCAACUUGCAUAGUUGAUUGAAUAUGCUUUCUGUAACUUAAAAUAUGUAAUUUAAUUUGUUUUUCUUGUGUGUAUUUUUAGUUUUACAGUACCUUCAUGUGGGAGGCAACAAAUAAACAACCUUGAACCUGGAA